AUGGGCCGCCACGAAGAAAUAGUCAAAGAAAUAUCCCGCGUAGUCAGCCAAUUCCACAAACUAAACCAACCAUACCGCAUCUUCCACGGCUCAACAAACAGCACCCGCCCCAGGCUCGGAGCAAGCCAGAAUUUCGUCGACAUCAGCAAGCUCAACAAUGUCCUGCGCGUGGAUCGCAGCUCCAAAACUGCGGCCGUCGAGCCCAAUGUGCCCAUGGACAGGCUUGUCGAGGCAACCCUCAAACAUGGCCUUGUGCCGCCUGUAGUCAUGGAAUUCCCGGGUAUCACCGCCGGCGGAGGAUAUUCGGGUACGAGUGGUGAAUCGAGUUCCUUUCGGCAUGGAUUUUUUGAUCGAACGAUCAACUCCGUGGAAAUGGUCCUUGCGAAUGGCGAGGUUGUCAAGUCUAGUCCCAACGAAAAAACGGAUUUGUUUCGUGGCGCCGCUGGUGCGGUGGGAAGUCUCGGAAUCACGACGCUGAUCGAACUGAAACUUGUCGAAGCGAAGAAAUUCGUCAAAGUGACUUAUGAGCGCAAACCCAGCAUCAGAGCUGCCAUUGAGGCGUUGGAAAAGGAAAGUGCAAACCCGGACAAGGCGCCGUUUGAGUAUAUUGAUGGUAUUCAAUUCUCGCCAGAGCAUGGCGUGGUUAUCAAAGGCGAAUUGACCGACGAGCUACCGGCGGACAUAAAACCUCAGACGUUCAGCAAUCCCUGGGAUCCCUGGUUUUAUCUGCAUGUGGAAAAUAUCACAAAGACGCAAGAAGUUGUGACUGAAUACGUCCCGCUAGCCGAGUAUUUGUUCCGCUAUGACCGUGGUGGAUUUUGGGUCGGCGCAUCAGCAUUCAAAUAUUUUCGUUUUGUGCCCUUCAGCAAAUUCACGCGCUGGUUCCUGGAUGACUUUUUGCAUACCCGCAUGCUCUACAAAGCGUUGCACGCCAGCGGCGAGUCAAACCGGUAUAUUGUCCAGGAUUUGGCGCUGCCUUACGAAACAGCUGAAGAAUUUAUUGACUACACUACAAAGACAUUCAACAUCUGGCCGUUAUGGUACUGCCCGCUCAAACAAUCGCCCACACCAACCAUGCACCCACACAACACCGACACAAAACAUACAGGCCGUUUACUAAACAUCGGACUAUGGGGUUUCGGGCCCUCGGAAUCAGCCGAGUUUAUCGCUAAGAACCGUGAUCUAGAGCACAAACUGAAUGAUUUGGGAGGCAUGAAAUGGCUGUAUGCGCACACAUACUACCCCGAAGACGAGUUUUGGAAACGGUUUGAUCGCAAAUGGUAUGAAGCAUUGCGCGAGAAGUAUUUUGCGACGGGGUUGCCGAGUGUAUGGCACAAGGUCAAGGUUGUGCCUGGCAACAGCAACAGCAGUAAGGGUUUAGUGUCUUAUUGGCCCAUUGGUGGAUUCUUGGGGAUUUGGAAGGCGAUUGCGUCCAAGGAGUAUUUUAAGCAUAGGAAUGCGACUUGGAGGACGAGGAAAUAA